AUGUCUCUUUAUAUGUUACCAGCAGAGAUUAUCUCUCUCGUUGCGGACAGAUUGGUAUCGAUCAAUGAUCUUUACAACUUUCUACAAGCCCGUCGUGAGUUCUACAAUCUCCUCAUCUGGAAACUUUACCAAAGAAAUGUCAAAGACGACGGUGGGUCUGCCCUUGUAUGGUAUUCGCGUCAUGGGCAAGAAUCUGGCGUUCGAAAUAUGCUGGCCGCGGGUGCAAAUGUCAACCUUCGAGAACCAGGUCCGGCACAGACAACAGCUCUCCUGGAGUCGGUACAUCAUAACCAUAUCCGUGUUGUGCAAUUUCUUCUGGAAAAUGGAGCGCUACCUAAUACAGCGGAUAUUCGCUCCCGAAGGCCUUUGAUUCUGGCGAUGAAUGGACGAAGCGACGUGGCCAUCACCAAGCUGCUUCUUGACUACGGUUCUACGGCCAAUCCCAUUCCACUUGAUAAACGUCCUCCAUUAUUGGAGGCCAUUCGAUCAAAUCAGGAAUCAAAAGUAGCGUUGCUUUUGAAACAUGGGGCUGAUCCACACAUUACCGAAGGCCGAGGGGCAAUGAACCUUUUGCAUGUCGCCUCUGCGAAGAAUGCAGUUCCUGCAAUUUUGAAGAUGCUCAUAGGCGUCGGUAUUGCGGUCGACUCUCAUGAUGGUUUUGGAAGAACCCCGCUCCAAGUAGCAGCUGAUCAUUCAUGUGUACGUGCGGUACGCGUAUUACUGCAACAUGGCGCCAAUCCGAAUUACAAAAACAUUAAUCGGCACUCUGAAGGGCGUACAGCUCUCUUCUACGCUGUGAGUGGUAAGAGUGCAAGGCAUGAGAACAAAACCAUCAUUCGAAUGCUCGUCAUGCAUGGCGCGGAGGUGAAUUCUAAAAACUGCGUGCAGCAGACACCUCUGCUGUAUGCAGUCUCGCGAGGUGCGAUAAAACAAGCGCAGGCACUUCUUGAAAAUGGUGCAGAUAUUAUGGCAAAAAACUCCAAUAAUGAAACCGUGGUUCAUCUGGCCAUUUCCUUAUGGGGCUACCGUCCAGACAUGUUAAGUUGGCUCAUCGAGACUGGAGCCGACAUGAAUUGGAUCGGCGGCAAGUAUCACGAAACGCCGAUCUUUUACGCCAUCAGACACUUUGAUGAACGAAAAGGGAUAGAGAGCGCCCGGAAGAUUUUAUCUCUUGGCGUUGAUAUUCACUUUCGAAACUCCGACGGACUGACGCCUCUCUCCCUUGCCGUCAGCAUGUGCUCCAUUGAAUGGGCAGAGCUACUUCUCGGGUACGGGGCUCUUGUAAAUUCAAAGGACAUGCAAGGAAGGUCUCCGCUACACCAUAUUGCCGAAACAAAGUUGGGCUCUGCGUCUAAAGUCCAAGCAAUCGUCUCGCUACUCAUCCGACACGGGGCCGAUGUAAACUCCCGGGACUGUUCAGGUUAUACGCCAUUACAUAGAGUGGUAGCCAAGGAAUGGAUCUGGGGGACAGUUGGAGAGUUGUUAAAGGCCGGGGCUGAUCGUUGCGCCAUGUCUCACGACGGCAAAUUCCCAUAUGAUAUGGUUCCUGCUGGUCCUUGGGCAGAGACUCAAUGUCUUUUUCUGCGCCAUUACCCUGUCUGA